AUGAAAGUAGUAGAUAAGAAAAGCAAUAUAACUAAUACCUAGUAUAAAAGAAACUUGGUUGAGGACAAAUAUGUAUCAGUGCAAAUUUAAGAAGUUAGCUUUAUUUGGGCUGAAAAUGGUGCUUCAUAUAAUAGAAAAUUCAAAGAUAUUCCUAUUGCUAAAUGCCCUGCUGGAAGAUUUUUGGGUGAAACUGUAUAAACAGACAAUUUCGGACUUCAACAUAACUAUUAUUGUCCAGUUGCUCUUAAUACAACAUUACAAGGAAACUUUGCGACAAAAAAAGCCAGAUUUAUUUAAAUUUUAUUCGGAGGCUGCAAUUAGACUAUACUUAGUAAAACAAACCCUAAUUUGAAAUGUGCAAAUGAAACUGAUAUCAAAUUAGUUUUAGAUGACUUUGAAAUGAACUUGUUAGCAACAAACUAAUUUGUAGAUGUAAACGAAAGAAACACAAAUCCUGUCAAAACAGUUAUUAAUAAUUUCUAUUAAAGCAGCAAAUAAGAAUUGAGUCAAGGAACAUUGUUGAAAUUAGGAUAAAAUUUUCUAAUUAAAAAUACAUCUCCAUUAUCAAAUCAAAUUGACUCAGAAAAUGUAACUUACUACACGAUAAGAGCUGAUGAAAGAUCAAUUGGAGAUUACAAAAAAUUUUAGUCAGUAAUUAAAUAUUAUAUUCUACUAGAUGACAAUAUUUUAACAACAACUAUAGAAGUUUACACUAUCUCAGAUGCACUCUCAAACACAGGUGGCAUUAUUGGAAUUGCUUCAGAUUAGAUUUAUAUAUACUGGGUGGGAAAUCUAUUGUGGCAGAUUUUGAUGCUGUAAGAAAAAAGAAUAAAGAGAUCUUUCACUUAAACGGAUGAAUCUUUUCAAGAAAGCCUAGAAAAUGUUAGACAAGAAAUUGGAGAUCUUUACAAUAUUGAGAAAUAUUUAGAUGGUUAAAUUACUUAAAAGAAUAACACUUUCAAACUAUCAGAGAAAACUUACUCCCUAUUUCAGAUAGAAUUUAGUUCAAAUAGAAGAUUGAGAUAGAUUAAACUUUAACUUAAAUAGGUGAUACUUCGAAAAGAUAAGUAUAAAAUUGACAAAAGAAUCUUUAAGAAUCUUGAUCCAGAGCUAUAAGUGGAAAAUAAGGUUCAGACCAUAAACUCAUUUAAAGAUAGCAUUCUUAAAAAUCUUAACAAAGAUCUGAAAAAAGAAGUUAGUAAAGUCAAGCUUUGGAAUGAAAAAGAGAAUUUUCAUACUCAAAUACCUUAAUCAGUUUUUAGCAACUACCUAAAGACUGAGUAGAAAAAAGAUGUUUUAUUGAAGGAAAAUUGGGAUAAUUAAUCUAACAAAUCAGAUAUAUUAACUUUAACCCAUAUUUAAAACAGACUUUCUGAAUGA